AUGUUUUUCUUUUUAUUGUUAGGAGCAAUUGAGGUAAUUGCCAUUAUAAUAGUUUAUAGACUUAUAGAAAUAUACAUUGUUGGAACUAUUAGGAGAAAUAGAUAUAAAAUUACCAAUGAAACUAAUGUUCUUUUAACUGGCGCUGCUAUGGGAGCUGGCAAAUUUUUAGCUAUGAAUUUUGCAAAAAAAAAUAACUGUAAUAUAAUCAUAUAUGACAUCAGAGAGGAUUUGAUGGGAUAGGUUAUUGAAGAAAUAUAAAAAGCAGGUGCAAAAGGAUACUUCUACAAAUGUGAUGUUAGUGAUGAAUAAGAGCUUUAGAGAACAGUAGAAUCAACUCUCUAAAAGUUUUAAAAAAUUGACAUAUUAAUAAAUAAUGUAGGUAUUGCAAACUUAAAAUUAUUUACUGAUGUAAGCUUUGAUGAAGUUUAAAAAGCUUUUUCUGUCAAUUUUCUUGCUCCUGUCUCAAUUAUUAAAAAAAUACUGCCUGUUAUGAUAGAAAGAAAUUAAGGACAUAUAGUUAAUGUUUCUUCAGUUGCUUCACUUAUGCCAAGUGCUAAAAUGACUGAUUAUUGUGCAAGCAAGGCAGCUCUUUCAGGUUUUCAUAAUGCUUUAAGGUUAGAAUUGAAGCAGUAAAAAAAGAAUAUAAACACAACUUUAAUAUGUCCCUAUGCUGUUAAUACAGGUGUACUUCAAGGAUUAGAAACAAAAUUAAAAAGUCUAUUUCCAAUUUUAGAUGAAAACUAUGUUGCUGAUGAAAUUUAUAAUGCAAUUUUAGAAUAAAGAGAAGAAGUAUUCAUUCCUUAAAGCUGGAAGUAGGGAGCUCUCUUCCUUCGUGCUCUACCUACUGCAGUGAUUGAUUAUUUAAGUAUUCACUUUUUAGGUUAAGUGGCCUAAAAAUUAACAGGAAAGCACUCAAAGAAAAAAGAAUGA